CACUGUUAUUAUGAAGAUUGUGUAUUUUUGAACGGUUUGCCAUGACCAUGUGUUAAAGCGAUACAAUUAGUUGGAGAAUUCAAAACAACGGAUAUGGCACGGGAACCAAUUAUUGUAAAUGUCUAUGAUAUGUAUUGGAUCAAUGAGUACACAACCAACUUAGGAAUUGGAGUGUUCCAUGCUGGAGUAGAGGUGUUUGGAGUAGAAUACGGGUAUGGAGGUCACCCACUUCCCAUGUCGGGUAUCUUUGAGAUCACUCCCCGGGAUGCAGAGGACUUGGGAGAACAGUUCAAGUUUAAAGAAUCAAUUCACAUAGGAACAACAGAUUUCAUGCCCGAGGAUGUAAAGAGAAUUGUUGAGCAACUUGGCAAGGGUUUCCGUGGCGACCGCUACCACCUGCUGAAUAAUAACUGCAAUCAUUUUUCAUCAUCACUGACCCAGAUUCUGUGUGGAAAAGAGCUACCCAGUUGGGUUAACAGACUUGCAUACAUCAGUACCUGUAUUCCGUUCUUGGAGCGGGCCUUACCAAAGGAGUGGCUUACCCCUGUAGCCUUACAGGCCGUGAUACAGGAACCUAUACCAGACAGGGAAACACAGCCCAACUACUCAGACCCCUCAGAGCAUAUACACAAUCGUCGUCUAUAGAACCAGCUGUGUACUGGCAAUGCAAAUAUAUUUUGUUUAUACAGGAAAAAAAUAUUCAAACUACGCAAAUAUAGAAUAUGGGUCACUAUUUUGUUAUGUUUAUUUAUACAAAUAUAUGAUGGAUAUUUAAGAAAUCUCA